AUGCCCGAGGCUCUUGUCGGCAUCAAAUGUUCAGUUAUCAUGGACGUCGGCCGUGAACUCCCCGAGUACAAGACGGAGAUGAAGUGGGACUCACUAUCUAGUAUUCCAUUGGUGACAUGUUAUAUUCCAUCAGAAGCUGGGAAGACCUUCCAAGUCAAGGUCGAAGCUCCUGCUCUCCACUAUCAGCACUGGGCUUUUGACCUGAGCUUGGAUGACUCUUCAGUAGUGGUUCCUCAAUCCGCUAUGCCUGCGUCGUACGGAAACGUCGCGGUUUUAAGUGAAGAUUUGGUCGGUCCAACGUCGUCGCGUACUUUCCAGUUUUCCAAUAUCCAGCGAACAGUUGAGGAUCGCUACCUCCUGCAGAUGAUGAUUCCGCGCAAUGUCAGUAAUAGGCUGGGCGAAAUUGAGCUUCGAAUUUGUAGUGUGGACGGGUUUGCGAUGGCUUCGAGUCGCGAGUCUAGGGCUCAUCGAUGGUCGAAUGCGCAGUCGGUGGGAAGGAUUCAUGAGAGGGCGAAGAAGGCCAUGGAUCAUUGCAUAGAUUUUGGAGAACCUCGCUUCUUUAGGCCGGGUUUGUGGGCCAUCCCCUUUGGGAAGCGACACCAAGCUACAGUCAUCUUCAAGUACCGAACCAUAGAUCUCCUCGUUGCGGAUAACAUAGCACCAAGGAGCGUCUUGCCUUUGCCCAAACACGGCAUCAAGUACACUCCUCGCACUAUGAUGAGUUGUGGAACAAGACCACCUCGCUACAAUCGUGCUUCAGUCUCUGGAGGGAAGCGCAAAUUGGAGAUUGUAGAAAUAGAACUCGACAGUGAAGGAGAGGAACUUGUCUUCAGCGAGACUGAAGAGGAAAUCCAACUAAAGGCGCGUCUUGCCGAGAUUAUGGCACAGAAGAGGUCACGGAGGAAAAGAAUCAAGAGGGAACCCGAUGAUUCCACUCUUCCGUCGACCAGUCUCUCUCGCGAAAUACUGGACCUCACUCAUCUCAGCGACUGA